CGCUCUAAUCAACUGUAAUCAGUCUGAAUUUGAUAUUGUCAGUGUUUGCACAGAAUCAUCCUUGAAUUGUUCAUAUCAACUCCGACAAGCCGCUGCAAUCAGCAACGUAAAUCUACUGAAAUGUGGUUAGCCACUGUUCUAAUACUGAUAGCCGCUCUGCUAUUCUAUUUUAUUAAACCACUAUGGUACUGGUCUAACAGAGGAGUAGCGCAAAGUCGGCCUAUGCCAUUUUUUGGAGAUUCAGCAAAGCUGAUUUUUCGAAAAAUCAAUCUAUAUGAUUUUGUUAAAUCGUUUUACGACAUGUAUCCAAACACCAGUUAUACCGGAGUUUACAACUUCAGAGCUCCAGUAUUGAUGAUAAAAGAUCCAGAAUUAAUCAAACAAGUAAUGGUAAAAGACUUUGACACGUUUACAGAUCAUGCCCCAUCAGGAGAUCCCGAUGCGGAUCUCUUGUGGAGUGACAAUUUAUUUGCAUUAGCAGGUGAUAGGUGGAAGGAAAUGAGAAACCUCAUCAGCCCCACGUUCACUACAAGCAAAAUCAAAAUCAUUUACGAGCUAAUGGCAGAUACUGCCCAACAGUAUAUAAAACAAUUUCAAGCAGGAGAAGAUGAUUUUAUUGAAGUAGAAAUGAAGGACGUUUUUUCAAGAUUUGCAAAUGAUGUGAUCGCAACUACGGCGUUUGGCCUUAAAGUAAAUUCUCUAGAAGAAAAGCAGAAUAUAUUUCAUAGAAUGGGAGAAAAAAUUACUAAUUUUAAAGGGUUUUUAAAAGGAAUCAACUUUAUGAUACUAACGUUCUUACCACGUCUAAGUAAGAUCCUGGGCUUGACGCUCUUGGAUAAGGAAGCCUCCAAAUACUUUCGCACCGUCAUCAAUGACACCAUUAAAGUGCGCGAAGAGAAUAACAUAGUUCGGCCAGAUAUGAUUACCUUAUUAUUAGAGGCGAGAAAAAAUCCCAGUGAAAACAGUUCGGAAAACGAAACAUCUAGAAAAAGGCCGAAGCAUGUAGUCAGUAUUUCCAAUGAUCAAAUCGCAUCGCAAGCAGUCAUUUUCUUCUUUGCCGGAUUCGACACCGUUUCAACUGCUAUGUGUUUCGGGGCUUAUGAAUUAGCCUUAAACAAAGACAUUCAAGAUAAACUGCGCGAGGAAAUUCGAGAAACUACACCAAAGGUUGGGAGAGUUACUUACGAGCAGCUGCAGCACAUGCGAUAUAUGGAUAUGGUAAUAUCCGAAGUUCUUCGGAAGUGGCCACCGUUUCCCAUGGUAGACAGAAUAUCCAAAAAACCUUACACGUUUGAGCCAAAAAACAAAAAUGAAAAACCAUUCGUAUUAGAAGCUGGCAUUGAAGUGUGGUUACCCAUUUACGGAUUACAGAGGGAUCCCAAAUACUUUCCAAAUCCUGAAAAGUUCGAUCCUGAAAGAUUUUCCGAAGAAAAUAAUAGCCUUAUUAUUCCGUACACUUACAUGCCAUUUGGUGCCGGACCAAGGAUUUGCAUAGGAAAUAGAUUUGCUUUAAUCGAAAUUAAAUCCCUAUUUUUCAACUUGCUAUCAAAUUUUGAAAUAGUGCCUACUCAUAAAACUCCGAUUCCCCUUGUUCUUAAAAAAGACUUUCAACUUGGAGUCGAAAGUGGAUUCUGGCUAGCAUUAAAACGCAUCAAGAAUUGAGUUCUGGAGAUUCACAAGUCAUCUUCAGGUUCUAGAUGACACCUGUUUUUUUUUUAGUUUUUAGAUUGGAUUGAUUUACUUGAACUGCCGAUGGAUUUGAAAACUAUUUAAAUUCACAAUGCAUACAUUGAGCAACAUUUUUUAAUUACAUUAUUGUUGGCCCAAAUGUAAUCAUUUUUAUCUUAUGUAAAAAAGCGUGUUUAAAAGAGAGUUUAAGUUUGUCGAUCAUAUAACAAUACUUCUUGUCAUUCUCUGAAUUCCUUUUUUAACUUUGCAUCAAAUUAUGUUCUCAUAUAUUUGUAGCCUGUAUAAUUUUCAAAUUAAUUUAUGAAAGACAUAAAAUUUUUAAGAAGGAAACGGAAUCAGUGUUCCCUAUGUUUUAAUACUCUAAUUCCCACUGUUAGUAUUCCAUAAAUAGCAAUAUGAACUAAAAAUAUCACAGUAUCUGGCAAGAACUUAUUGCCUUUGCAUUAUAUAUGUCUCGCAUUAAAUAAAUAGGAAAAUCCCAGGAUGUUAUUUACCUAAUUAAUCACAUUUAAUGGUCGCUAAAAUUGUAAAGAACAUUACAACAAAAAUUUUAUUGUGAUAUAAAUAGAAUGCAGAAGUUUGGACUACAUCCAGCGUACAUCUAAUUUUAAUUAGUUUAUAUGGCGUAUGUACCGAUGUAUGUAUAUUAACGACGAAUUGAGUUAACCCGCUGAUUGACUUGUCCUAGAUAAAAGCAAAGUUAGGAAAAUAAGUAAAAACUUUGCGAGCAGAUAAAACAAAUGUUAUCGAAUUAAUUUUCAAUCUGAAAAUAUAAAUGUUUAUAUCAAAAUAAGUUAAUUUAUGGCUUCAGUCAUUUAUCAUAAAUAUUAUGAGUCUCAGGUACUGCGUAAAUCAUCCCAAGUAAUAAUAAUAUAUCUGCUAAAUGUCUUUCAAUUGAAUUGUAUUACAGAGGAAGACUCUAUUCAAGGUAAAGGUGAAAUCUCGAGAAAAACUUUCCAACUGAAUAC